AAUACUUAGUGUUUAUCUUAUCCCUUGGUGGUGUUUAUCAAAUAAAUUAAAAUUUUGCAGCUUAAAUAUUAAAGUACCGAUCCAGGAAAUAAAAGUAAAUUUUAAAUUAACUUUAGACAUAGAUCUUUGUCUUAAGGGCUCUGUUGAGGUGUCAAUCCAGAAAAACGAAAAGUGUCGAGGAAGGGGUCUGCAACGCAACAAGUCUCGUUGAGUGGAAUUUUCAGCACGGUUGCAACAAAAAGUGAAUGCCGUAGGAAUGGGAUAACUGACGCUAAGGGGCGGGACAUGCGUCCCCAAUCUAGGCCAAUAAAACUAGUCCCGGUCAGUCGAGGGAGAUCAUUCUAUCGCUGGACACCGAGGAGUAAACUUCAGCCUGGGCAUGGAGCCAGAUGGCCUGGAGUUUGGAGCAGUCUAAGUUGAGGCCCCGGAACAGUCCAGCCACAAAAGCUGUACUGGCAAGAUCUCUCAGGGGGCAAAAUGGGUAUCAAACUUCAUGGUUUUUGAAAUGUAUAACUCAUCGGCCUCAGGCAAUAACGGUUUGCAUGAUGGAUCCGCCCAUCAUUUCAUCAAAAAAUAUAAGAUCCGGCAUCCAAAAAGUAUGACAACGGAGCAACUGCCGGAGCAGUAUUCUGUCUUCGUGAAAGAGGAACCCCGUGAGGAAUCACAAAUUCCGGUAUUCUGCUAUGAAGCGAUAACCAAAGAAGAAGUUAUCCUCGAGGACGAGCUGGCCGAGAAUGAGCCAUCCGGUGAUGAACGCUCGCACGGUAUGCCAGCUCCAGUGGGUGAAAAUCAAUUUAAGCACUUUAAAUGCUCCGAGUGCAACAAAUUGUUCAAGAGAAAGAAAUUCGCCAACACAUGCGAAAAGAAGCACGAAAUAAUACGGCUAGGACUGUUUGAGUGCAAGAUUUGCAACAAGCGCUUAAGUAAAAAACAACAUCUUGCGAAUCACAUGGAAUCCCAUAAGAGAGGAACGGUUAAAAUGUUUGGGUGCAACAUUUGCAACAGGCGCUUUUGUUCGAAGCAACUUUUUGAGAAACAUGAAAAGAGCCAAAGCUGCGGAGCUAACAAAAUGUUUGGUUGUCAAAUUUGCAAGGAGCAUUUCGAUACACAGGCAAAUUUUUACAGACACAUGUUAUCUCACACUAAAGAAAAAAAUGCAACAAAUGCAACAAAUAUACUCCCGGCGAAGGUUGCAGUCGAUAAUCACAUGUUCAAGUGCCCAGAGUGCGGUAAAACAUUUGAUCGUGUUAAUUUGGUUAGAGGAUGUCUUAGGAAGCACGAAGCCCGGCAAAUGGGAUACUUCAAAUGUCGCUUUUGCUUGAUCCACCUUGGCACAUAUCAAUAUCUGAAGAAACAUGAGGCUCGACAUCGAUUCGAACAGAAUACUGACAACGCCGAAACAGACCUUCCAACAGACGAGCAAACGCUCCCGCCAGUCAUCAACGAGGAAGAAGAUGAGGCUGAAGACUGUAACGGCGAGCUGGAGGCGGAAUCAAAACAAUUUUACAUUAUCGAAGAGAGUUCGGUAACUGCUUCGGUGAAAGAAGAGGAGCUGCAAAAUCUGCCCAUCAAAACUGAGCCUGAUAUCGAGCAAUGCAUUCCGCACACUGUAGUGAGUGUCAGUCCACAAGUGAAGAAAGAAUUUAGUCGAAAUUGGACCUAAAAUCGUACUUAAUUAAACGCGGCUGCUACUCACGAAAUGGCAAAGGGUCCAUUUCGCCCCAA